UCGCUGUCCGGAUUUGUUUACUUUCUUCUACCCGUAGCUCCCGAAACGCCCUAAAGAAAAGAAAAACGGUGCCCCAAAAGGACUGGAAAAUGGUCGAGGAAACGGUGUUGAUGCACAAAACACAGGAGACGGCUCCGAUGAAGCUAAAGAUGGCCCGCCCCAAGCCGGUGUAUAUGUGGACGGUGGCCGAUACGCUCAAGUGGCUCUGGCGGCACUGCAACGAACGGUGCGUCAAGUAUCAGGAGCUGUUCCAGCGGCAUGAAAUCACGGGCCGGGCACUGUUGCGCAUCACGGACGAGCAGACGCUGUACCGGAUGGGCAUCCACGACGAGAAGGACCGGGGCGACAUACUGCGUGAAAUCAUCAAGCAGCGGCUGAAGACGGACAUUAUGGAGAUACGUGAUAUGGAGCUGAUGAACAAUGUGUACCAGAAUUGUUAUUAGAAACUGUCCUGCACACACACAUCGCAGGGUUUUGCGUGGAAUGUAUUUCAUCUCGUUUUAGAUCUUACAGGGUUUUUUUCCCAGCCCGCGAGCUGGUAAUCGUGCAGUGUGCCUGAACGAACAUAAUUCAAUAGGGGUUAGAUCAAAACCUAUACCAAGCGAUAAAUAGAAUGGAAUGUAACGAAGCAAUCGAA